AAAAGUAGUGUGAUAAAUGAAGAAUAAAAAUAGUAGUCCCAUGAAAUUAAUAGACGGAAGCAGACAAAAACUAGAAAAGUUGCUCUCGCUCUCAUCAAUCCCCAAAAUCACCGUCCAUGGCGAGCCUGUGGCGAGCUGCGAUGGGCUCGGCUCAAGCCGGAGCAGAUGACUACGACGGCGUUGAGUUCUGGGGCACGCCGGAGCGCGCCGGCUGGCUGAUGAAGCAGGGCGAGUACAUCAAGACCUGGCGCCGCCGCUGGUUCGUGCUGAAGCAGGGGAAGCUCUUCUGGUUCAAGGAAUCCACCGUCACCCGCGCCUCCAGGCCUCGCGGCGUCAUCCCGGUCGCCAAUUGCCUCACCGUCAAGGGCGCCGAGGACGUGCUGAACCGGCAAUUCGCCUUCGAGUUGUCCACUCGGACCGAGACUAUGUACUUCAUCGCCGACGCCGAGAAGGAGAAGGAGGACUGGAUCAACUCGAUCGGCCGAUCCAUCGUUCAGCACUCGAGGUCGGUAACCGAUAACGAAGUUCUCGAUUAUGAUAGCCGCAAGGGUUUGGGAUGAAAGGGGGUUUAAUCGCUGUGCCCUAAUUUUUCUCGAUUAUGAUGGAAUAUAAAUAAAAUUUCAGCUUUCGUUUAAUUUUUCUAGUAAUUCUGUGUAUGCGCCUGUGUCUGUGUCUAUGUUUGUUCGUUGCAUUUUUCUUUCUCUUUUUGGUGGGGAAGUGUAUUUGGUGUUGAUUGUGAUAAAUACAGUAAAUGUGGCAUUGAAUGGUGUUUGCUUAUUCAA